UCUUUCGCUCGAGCACAACUGCACAAGCCUCAAGCACUCGAGCUUUCCUGAAGUACCACCACCGAGCCAUCGACCGGCAGCCAGCCAGCAGCCAUGGACAUGAGCCUCGAGCACUCGAGCUCUCCCUCCUCCUCGUCCACGACCACGACCGAGCACGGGGGGACGGCGUGGCCGUGGCCGCCGAAGCGCCCCGCGGGCCGCACCAAGUUCCGGGAGACGCGGCACCCCGUGUUCCGCGGCGUGCGGCGCCGUGGCAGCGCCGGCCGGUGGGUCUGCGAGGUGCGCGUCCCCGGGGAGCGCGGCACGCGCCUCUGGCUCGGGUCGUACUUCACCGCCGAGGCGGCCGCGCGCGCGCACGAUGCCGCAAUGCUCAUGCUGCGCGGCCGUUCCGCCGCGUGCCUCAACUUCCGGGACUCCGCGUGGCUGCUUUCGGUGCCGCCCGCCUUCUCCAACCUCUCUGAUGUCCGGCGCGCGGCCGUCCAGGCCGUCGCGGACUUCCUGCGCCGUCCGGAGGCCACCGGUGCCGCUGCGGCGGUCGAGGAAGUCGCCUCCAGCGUGGACAUCCCGUCGGCGGCGGCGUGCAGUGUCCCCUCGUCCGAGACGGCGCAGACCUCCGGUGAUGCCAAUUUUGAAGAGCCAGGCGCAUUAAGCAUGGAUAUGUUCGACCUCGACUGCCUGUUUGGGGAGACGGACUCGGACACGUACUACUACGCGAACCUUGCGCAGGGCCUGCUCAUGGAGCCACCGCCUACCAUGGCCACCGGGCAGUACUGGGACAAUGGGGACUGCGCCGACGGCGGAGCCGGAGCUGAUGUCGCGCUCUGGAGUUACUAGGACUUAUAUCGACAAUGUUUGACUCUUCUUCGUUCCGAGUGUCUCAUUCCUUCUUGUCGGCCCCUUUGCUAUAUAUCUUUAGCUAGAACCACGAAGUGGUGGCCUGGUGGGACUGAUGCGAUGCAUCACCCUAAUUUUACAUUAGACUCAUUAAACUAACACAGUAGCCCUCUUAGAGAUGGAUAUAUUCACGAAAUUGUAACAUUGAGAUUUAUUUUUUCCAUAAACAUAUGCCUAUUAUAAGAUAUUGUUGAUCAUAUGUUAUAUUUUAUUAAACAGUUUUCUUAAAGCACAUCUAGAUGUGAUGUAAGUAUUGCA